AUGCGAGCUCAUGAAAAACGUUGUGUUUCGCCUGAUGAUGAUAUUGAGGACGACGAUAUUGGCUCCUCUGGAGGGUACACCGGUCUGGAUAGAAAAAGAAGACGAGGCAUCAUUGAGAAGCGCCGUCGAGAUAGGAUAAACUUCAACCUCAGUGAGCUUCGCCGACUUGUACCGGACGCAGCACAGAAGCAGGCCGCAGAUGCUCGCCUAAGCAUUCGCACACAACGAGAAGGAGGGGGAAAAAGGUUGAUGGGACGGAUGGGGCCAGUGACCAGUCGCUCGUCUUGGCAACUCGAACUCUCCUCUGGCUACACAGAUCGCCACCUGGUGACGCCGGAUACCGGGCGGAAAGGUGACGAAAGGGAAGCCAGUAGAGGGGGCUGGAUGAGGGUGGUGAGAAGAGGAACGACUUCAACCAAGCUCGAAAAGGCGGAAAUCUUGCAAAUGACAGUCGAAUUUCUUCAUCGCAUUCACAGAGAUGGCACCAUCCUAAACACAGAACUACGAUUAUUGGAGAAUCGGCUUCUUGGAUUCCAGGAGUGCUUUGCUGAGGUGACGCGUUUCCUGAGUGCGCUGCCAGUCGUGAGUACGAUGGACGAGGUGUUUCGCAAGAAGUUGCUUUCCCACCUUCACGCUUGUAUAUACAGGCGAGACUAUGAGGCUCGCACGCGUCUGGCAUCUCUCUCCGUCAUGGUUUCGGGCAGCAGCACCACUGCCGACUCGCAGUCCGCUGGCAGCAGCAACACCACCAACCAACACAGUAGCAGCCAAAUGACCUGGCAGCAGACUCCCCAUGUCAAAGAGGUCAACAUCGAGUCAUACGUUUCAAAUCCCGCUGCUUAUUGGCACUGUAAUCCCAGCAUUUCCCAUAGGUCAGAUGAGCACAACUGGCCCCGGACAGACAGUUAUCAUAAGCAGCAAAUUCCUAAGGUCCAAACAGGAGGAGUUAAUGAAAGUCAGUCUACCACAUCACCCUCCGUGUUGGGUAAUUAUGAGGAGACGGACAGUGGGAAUAGCACAGUGAAUAGGUUUUCACCAAAUGAUAGGGACAUUUCGACAGACGUCCCGCCUCCACAUUCUGAUCCAACGUACACAUCUGGGCAUGUGGAAUGCGAAAGGCAGGAUGUUGUACAGGCGUUCCAGUCAGGUGAGUAUGGAAGCUACAGCUACGUUUAUCAUCAAGCCUAUUCCGAUCCAACACUGGCAGUUGGUACUACGACCGGGCAGCAUGUGCAUUCACAAGAACAACUGACAACGAGUGGAUACAUCCUAGAUAACUGUCAGACAGCUGGUAACCCACACAGGGAUUUCCCAUAUUAUCAUGAUGAUUUCUGA